GGAUCACUUGCGCUUGGCGCCGCAUUGAUAGUCCGGGAAUAGAGCAUUGCGCAGCGCUAGUCUGCUCUAUAUUCGCCGAUGGUCACGAGCCAGCCUGGAUCGCGGAGUUUGCAGGGAGCACCAGGUCAACACCCCGAGAAGCAUUAAACGGCGGCCGCGCGUCCGAGCGUAAAUCGCUCGGCGACACCAACAAAGAUGUUCCUCGAGAAACUCGCAGCGGCGGCCGCGUCACCCGUCGAAAUCGUCGAGGAGCUGAUAAUAUAGCAGAUCCUAUGCUUCGGUGCCGCUUAAGGCGUGCUUCGUGAUUCCGAGCCCGCUCCGGGAUGUCCGAAGCCCUCUCGCUCGUCAUUGCAUAGGCGGGUGGGUGUCUAUUAGGAAAUCAUAUGUAGAGCGGCGGGCUUCUAUCGGGCUUGGCCAGGGGAACAGACAAUGAUCUCGGUGCUUCUCCUCUGGCUGUUGUCAUCGCGCCUGAAUAGAUAGACUGUCCGCGGACUCGGGCUGGGGGAAAGAUUAUCACGGCCCGCCUCAGUUGUCCGGCCCGUCCCUGGUUAGCUUCAGUCUUCGUGACUGUUGGCAUCGCGGGCCCGCCAUCAACGAGCUUCCCAUGCAUUCAAUUGCUCUCAACUACUUGUCGUUACUGAAGUUGAUAUCAGAUAGGUGACACGCUCGUGUCAUCGCGCCUUCACUAUCAUGAGCCCUCCAGUGCUCUCGACCCUCGCAACGCUUUUCACUGCGUGGGCAUCGCUCCCGGAGAGGAAUAGACUUCUUCCCUUUGUGUACGCGGUGGGUAAAAACCCAUGAACAGGCGGACAUGAAACAAGACACUCAUCCGCAACGAAACGGAGCAGAACAACCCAAACCACAGUGAUGUGUCUCUAUCGCCGCAAGGGGAUUAUGGGGGCUGACGCGGCGCCCCUCGACGACGAGGAACGAGACACUAAUCGACUAAUCAGCAGGAGAGGAAGGAUUGUCACACAGGCUCAUAAAGGCGCCGGAACUCCGUUCACUAAAAGAUGCGACUCCCCUCGAGGUCCAGCUUCGUGUCCCACCUCGCUGGGUUCUCGUGUACGAAAGUGGACUAUAUGAAGAACAGUCAAUCCUCCGUGAGAGUAUAAUAAGCGUGUUAACGGAUAGCGCUCGGUGCCUGAGCGCGCGUACAACGCGACGAAGAACCUUGUGGUGAGUCAAACGGAAGGAAAGAGGGCAAGACAGAGGUGUUGCCUUCAUUCAGGAUGAACUUUCCGUUUGCAAGGGAGAACACGUAUCGCAGGAGACAGGGUGUCUGAGACCAAUCGGGACAACAUAUGCGCUGUUCAUUGCGAUUCAUGCUUUAUGAUACGUGAAUCGGAUGGUGCGC